UCUUCGCACUACGGCCCGAAGGCGUUGGUGGUUGGUGUCCGUCCGAAGAUGCGUUUUGCUCUCCGGCAGCAUCAGUACCAGCUGCGCCGUGCGAAUAAACCCAGAAACGCGGGGGACGGAGGAGGACACACCGGCGGUGUUAGCGGCUCGAGCGGCGCCGGUGCAUGUGAGCGGCGAGAUGGGCGACCAGAAGGAGUCUCUGCGUAAGAUCACCCACACGCUGGCCAUGAAGAAUGACGAGAUCUCCAACUUCGUCUGCACCCUCAAACAGAGCCUCGACAACCUGGAGGCAAACUCCGGCCGAGUGCAGGAGGACCUGCAGUCUGAGUUCACCUCCCUCCACGCAGCUCUGGACGAGAUGAAGGAAUCCAUGGUGACGCGCAUCAAGCAGGAGAGAGCCAGCCGCACAUACGAGCUACAGAGUCAGCUGAGCGCCUGCUCCAAAGCCCUGGAGAGUUCAGAGGAGCUGCUGGAGCUGGCCAACCAGACGCUCUGCUCCUCCGAGACGGACACCUUCACUCAGGCGGCCAAAGACAUUAAGGAUAGCGUGACAAUGGCUCCAGCCUUUCGCCUCUCCCUCAAGGCUAAAGCCAGUGACAACAUGAGUCACCUGAUGGUGGAUUUCAGCCAGGAGAGGGAGAUGUUGCAGGGCCUCAAGUUUCUCCCAGUUCCCGCCACUCCAGAGAUCCAGGUCUCAGAGUGCCAGGUGUGUGACAACACGGUGUCUGUAGUCUGGACCUUAUCGGAGCCCGACACUAAGAUAGACCACUACAUACUGGAGCAUCGACGGACAAACCACGAGGGUCCGCCACGCAUCAGAGAGGACUACCCCUGGAUGGUGGUGGAGGGGAUCCGAGUGAUGGAGCACACACUGACGGGUCUGCGUUUUGACACCCGCUACAUGACGUUCAGAGUGAGAGCGUGUAACAAGGCUGUGGCAGGAGAGUUCUCUGAGCCAGUUACACUAGAAACCCAUGCUUUCACCUUCAAACUGGACUCUGGUUCGUCCCACCAGAACCUAAAGGUGGAGGACUUGAGUGUGGAGUGGGACAGCGGUGGAGGAAAGAUACAGGACAUCCGCAAGGAGAAGAACCGGACCAACUCUCCGAUGCACUCUCCAGCCAGGUCAGCGCUCAUGUCUCCUAAGAGGGCACCGACAGCCCGUCCAGGCCGAGACAGGUUUACAGCAGAGUCCUACACAGUGCUGGCCGACACCAUGAUCGACGCCGGCCAGCAGUACUGGGAAGUGCGGUUUGACAAGGAGAGCAAGGCCUUCGCCGUCGGGGUGGCCCUGCGCAGCCUGGGCCGCUUUGACCAGUUGGGGAAAAGCGGCGCCUCCUGGUGCAUCCAUCUGAACAACUGGCUGCAGCAGAACCUCACGGCCAAGCACAACAACAAGGCUCGGACGCUGGACUGUCCCAUCCCGAGCAGUAUAGGAGUCUACGUCAACUAUGAUGAAGGUGUACUGUCUUUCUACAACGCCAAAACUAAGCAGCUGAUGCACACCUUCAAAACCAAGUUUCCGCAGCCAGUCAUACCAGCUUUCAUGGUGUGGAACGGCAGUUUCUCGGUGGUGACGGGCCUGCAGGUUCCCAGCGUUGUGCAAAGCGGCCAGAGGAGGAACAGUAACACUAGCAGCUCUAAUGCCAGCCUCACCUAGAUCCCUCCACCAGCUCCGCCUGAUCACAGUCACGCGUCGCAGAACAUCUCCUCUGCCGUGACUACGGUCAAAGCCAUAUCAUGGAAGAGUUACUAGUCACUGGCGUCUGAUGGUUUAGCCUGUUUCCUCAUGUCUGUGUUACAAGACAACAAAAAAAUGGUUUUGGGAACACGUGGGUCAUCAGAGCCCUCAGUGGCACUGUUCUUAUUGAUUGCUUGGGACACAUUAGGUGUAGUCGUACUAGUUUGCCACUCUCUACACAUUCAUUUAGCACUGUCCCGCUGCUGCUAGAGCAAAGAUUUAGCGCUGGCCGCUGCCCUUCCUUCCUUCCUUCCUUCCUUUCUUCUCCAUCACCAAAACUGUCAGUCGUACUGUCAUGCAGCCAGCUGCAGGCGCAGGGUCAAAGCCCUGUCCUGUCUGCUCUCUCCCUGUGCCUUCCAUUUCAUUUCCAAACUGAUUGGCCAAAUAGAGCAAUCGGAUCCGUACCGUCAUGCAACUAUUUAACAGCAAGACGCAGCCUCCCUAGUUCAAUUUAAAACAAUGUAUGGUGUCAGUGUCAGUAUAACCUAUCGUAGCUUAGUGGUAAUAAUCAUCUACUGAAUCUGCCUUUACACAACAUAACAACCUGCUUUGUGCUGCUCAGUAGAAUUGAGUUCAUCACUGAAUCAGGAUUCAUUCAACCCUUAAUGAACACUCAUUAUGGAUGUUGCAGACUUCACAGUAUUAACUACAUUUCUCUUUGUAGUCAGGACCCACACUGCAAGUAAGACACUGGAUCCUUCAUCUGACAGCCACACUACACUUUCAGAGGGAGUUCUCCUCAAUUCAACGUCUCGUAGUGGAGGCAUAGGUGCUUCAGACACGGCUUCAAGAUUUUGGAAAUGACUGUACUGUAUACAUUAUAUUCACCUCAUUGCACCCUAAUGCUUGUAUGUAUAGUAUGUAUGUGUCUAUACCUAAUAACACCACUUUAUCUGCAGAGAGAUCCAGUUAUGAGUAGUGGGCUGACUGUAGUCCAAGAGUGACAACUAGCUAGUCAGUAGCUCCAGCUAACUAACUGUGGUGUGAGAGUUGAUCAGGUUUGGCAUCCACCUGGGCAAGAAACGAAGAGCGGUGAACUGUGGAAAUUGUUUACUGGUCUUUUGAAGUCCUCAUUUGUGGCCUGUGCGACCUCUGAGCAGCGUCCGUGUCUUACGUUACCCAUGGUAGUCUUGCUUUGCCAUGUUGCCCCCUCUGAAUGCUUCUCCUGAAUAACUGUAGCCUGCAAUGCUUUAAAGAAGCGUCCAGCUGAGAUUUGUUACCUUUUGUUUCACGUGCGGACAAAAAUGUCCCAAUUUAUUGUAAAUAGUUGAAUUUUUUUCCACUAUAAUGUAUCAGCCAUUGAGGUAAUAAAGGAGUGAGAGCA